AUGCUAGAUAAACAACAUCAUAAACAUAAAAAUAUUACUUCAAAUGGUGUAAAUGAUCAAGGUUUAUAUCCAGAUAAAGAAAAAGUUAAUAAAAAGAAAACAAAAGAUAUAAAUCAAAGUCAAUCACCUGCAUUAGAAAAUCAUGCAAAACAAGAUGAAACAAUUGCUAAUAGAACUAAUAAUUCAGAAGAACAAUCUCAAUCAAUCGAAAAUGUUACUAAUGAUAACAAAUUUCAAGAUAAUACAAUUGCUGUAGAACAACAACAGCAAAGUUCUGACGAGAAUAAAAACCGUAAAUCACGUUCAAAGAAAAAAGAACAUCAUCGUUAUGAUAAUUUUCAACACAAUAAUAAUGAUAAUUUUCAACAAGAAUCAAAUUUCUUAGGCGAUUUACCACCACAUUUAAGAGUUCAUCAACAACCACUUUAUAAUAGUUAUAAUCAAGUUUAUGAAGAAUCUAUUCUACGUGGUGAUCUUUAUCAAAAACAAGCAAAACGUUCAACACGUUUACCACCAGAAGCUAAACAAAAAUUAUUACCACAUGAAGAUGAUAAAACUAAACAAUAUCAAUUAGUAGGCUAUUUUCAACAACAAUUGCCUGAUAUUCAACCACCAUUUAAUCCUUAUCAAACAUAUACUGCUCGACCUAAUUUCUAUGGUACAACAGUUCCUUAUAAUCCUCGUCAAGUAUGGUCAAAUAUUGGUGGACCUAAUAUGGGAGAUGAAGAAAAAAUCGAUCGUUUACGUAAUCAUAUUUCUGUAUUAGAACAUGAAUUACAUAAAUUACAAAAAAAAUUAAAUAAAGCAACAUUAAAUUAUCAUGAAACACCAAAAAAACCUGAAAUUAAUCGAAUAAAACGACGAUCAAAACGUGAUACGAUUGGAUCACCAAGACAAACACCUGUUAUUGUUGAAUUAAAUACGAAAAUAAAUGAAAAUAUUCAAGAAACAUCAUCAAAAAAACAACGAAAUCGAGCAGAUAGUAAUCAUAGUUUACAAAAAGGACAAAAUCCUAUUCAACAAACAGAUGAAAUAUCUGUACAAAAUGAAACAUUAUUCGAUCAUCUUGUACGUAGUCAAACUCCAAAAACACAAGAUACAGAUUCUUAUGAAGGUAUACAUUCAAAUGAUAAUCGAAUAUCAGAAAACGAAGGUAAAAUUGCAUUAUCAACAAAAAGUUCACGUGAAGAAACAGCUGCACGAUUAGCACAUGCAGCUGUAGCACAUGUCAAUGCUCGUCAACAAUUGCCACCACCUCCAUUACUUAAACAACAAGAUUCAUAUCAAAAUGAUGUUUUACCAAAAGGUCAAGUUCAACGUUUACCUGUUAAUGGUAAUAUUAAUCAUUCAAAUGAUUUAUAUCAACAACAACGUAAUGUUGCAAAUUUAAAUUAUAAUCAAUCAAAUAAUAAUGAAGUACUUAAUAAUAAUAAUAAUAAUAAUGAAGCACCACAUAGACAUUCAGUUGAAAAAAUUCUUGAUGCAUUUGAACGUGUUUAUUUGAAGGAUAGAAAAUCAGCAACAACUCCAGUAAAAGUUAAAUAUAUACCUGAAGAAAAUUUUAGUCAUUAUUGUCAUCAACGAAAUAAAAAUAAUAAUAAUCAAUGUCGAUCAGCAAGUCGAAAUAGUCAAAGUUCAUCAUCAUCAUCAUCAUCAUCAUCAUCAACUUGGGCAAAUACUUCAGAUGAAACAUCUUCAGAAGAUCCUAAACAAAAUCAAGUAAUUAUCAAAUGA